ACUUGUGGCUGUUGUGAUGCGUAUUCCCGUAGAUCCGAGCACCAGCCGGCGCUUCAGCCCUCCCUCCAGCAGCCUGCAGCCCGGCAAGAUGAGCGACGUGAGCCCGGUGGUGGCUGCGCAACAGCAGCAGCAGCAGCAGCAACAGCAACAGCAGCAGCAGCAGCAACAGCAGCAGGAGGCGGCGGCGGCGGCAGCGGCGGCGGCGGCAGCAGCGGCGGCCGCGGUGCCCCGGUUGCGGCCGCCCCACGACAACCGCACCAUGGUGGAGAUCAUCGCUGACCACCCGGCCGAGCUGGUCCGCACCGACAGCCCCAACUUCCUGUGCUCUGUGCUGCCCUCGCACUGGCGCUGCAACAAGACCCUGCCCGUGGCCUUCAAGGUGGUAGCCCUCGGAGAGGUACCAGAUGGGACUGUGGUUACUGUCAUGGCGGGUAACGAUGAAAAUUAUUCUGCUGAGCUCCGAAAUGCCUCUGCUGUUAUGAAAAACCAAGUAGCAAGGUUCAACGAUCUGAGAUUUGUGGGCCGGAGUGGAAGAGGCAAGAGUUUCACCUUGACCAUAACUGUCUUCACAAAUCCUCCCCAAGUAGCCACCUAUCACAGAGCUAUUAAAGUUACAGUGGAUGGACCCCGGGAACCCAGAAGGCACAGACAGAAGCUUGAUGACUCUAAACCUAGUUUGUUCUCUGACCGCCUCAGUGAUUUAGGGCGCAUUCCUCAUCCCAGUAUGAGAGUAGGUGUCCCGCCUCAGAACCCACGGCCCUCCCUGAACUCUGCACCAAGUCCUUUUAAUCCACAAGGACAGAGUCAGAUUACAGACCCCAGGCAGGCACAGUCUUCCCCGCCGUGGUCCUAUGACCAGUCUUAUCCCUCCUACCUGAGCCAGAUGACGUCCCCGUCCAUUCACUCCACCACCCCGCUGUCUUCCACACGGGGCACAGGGCUUCCUGCCAUCACCGACGUGCCCAGGCGCAUUUCAGAUGAUGACACUGCCACCUCUGACUUCUGCCUCUGGCCUUCCACUCUCAGUAAGAAGAGCCAGGCAGGUGCUUCAGAACUGGGCCCUUUUUCAGACCCCAGGCAGUUCCCAAGCAUUUCAUCCCUCACUGAGAGCCGCUUCUCCAACCCACGAAUGCACUAUCCAGCCACCUUUACUUACACCCCGCCAGUCACCUCAGGCAUGUCCCUCGGUAUGUCCGCCACCACCCACUACCACACCUACCUGCCACCACCCUACCCCGGCUCUUCCCAAAGCCAGAGUGGACCCUUCCAGACCAGCAGCACUCCAUAUCUCUACUAUGGCACUUCGUCAGGAUCCUAUCAGUUCCCCAUGGUGCCCGGGGGAGAUCGGUCUCCUUCCAGAAUGCUUCCGCCAUGCACCACCACCUCGAAUGGCAGCACGCUAUUAAAUCCAAAUUUGCCUAAUCAGAAUGAUGGUGUUGACGCUGAUGGAAGCCACAGCAGUUCCCCAACUGUUUUGAAUUCUAGUGGCAGAAUGGAUGAAUCCGUUUGGCGACCAUACUGAAAUUUCCUCAGCAGUGGCCCAGCGGUAUCUGGGAGCCGCAUCCCAAAUGUAUCAAUAUAUACAUAUAUAGAGAGAGUGCAUAUAUAUGUAUAUCAAUGAGCUAUCUACAAAGUGCCUAUUUUUUAGAAGAUUUUUCAUUCCCUCACUCAGUCAUGAUCUUCCAACCGUUAAGAGGGUAGAGAUACUGAGAAGCAAAAGGCCCGAGAGACACCAUCCUAUCUAGGUUCCAGGUUGUUUUCUACUUAAAAUGUACUUUUACAAACCAAGGAAAAAGGUAUUUUUUUGUUGUGUUGUUGUUUGGCCUGUUACCACAAAUCAUCUGUUCCCAUGGCAAGUCAGAGAGGUGGACUCCAGGUUCAGGAGGAAGAAGAGCAAAGCCACUUCCUCUCUGUGCUUUGAUACCACACACCCUCGUGGUGGCGGCUAUGUCUGGACCCGUGCACUCUGCAGACCAGCUUCCAAAACCGGUCAAGGUGCACAUCAAGGGCAAAGAGGGAGAUUGGAUUAUUCCAUCACAGUACCAUCCAUUCCGAGUCACUGUCCCAAACUUUGCUUUCAGACUUGCCGUGAGUUCUCAUCUGAACUGUUUGGUUCAGUUUUGUUCUUGGUUUUUUGUUUUUGUUUUUUUUUCUUUCCUACUUUAAGAAAGUGACUUCAAAAAAAUACUGAUUGGGAUAGAUGAUUUCAUUUUACUUUUUUAUACUUUUUUUGUUUCCUUUUCCCAUUUAACCAAAAAGAAAUCCCAUCCCUCAACACCACCCCUGCCCUGUCCCUGCACCUUUCUCCUUUUAUGCAAAACUCAAAAUGGCAAUAUCUUAUUAUAGCCAUAAUGGUAUAGAUAGUGUUUGCGUUUGGCUGUGUGUUGUUUUCUUUUUUUUUUUUUUUUUUUAAAUUAUGAAUAUGUGUAAAAUCUGAGGUAACUUGCUAACGUGAAUGGUCAUAUAACUUUAAAGAUAUAUUUAUAAUUAUUUAAUGACAUUUGGACCCUUGAAACAUUUCUUAGUGUACUGAUACGUUGACUUCGGUCUCUAAAAGUGCUCUUUAUUAAAUAACAAAUUUCUUCAGUGGGCUAGAGCCAUAUCUGAAAUAUUGCUAAGCAAUUUCAGUUCAUCCAGGCACAAUGUGAUUUUCAAAAAUACGUCCAUCUCCAAAUAUCUUAGAUGUAGCUUGUUUUUUGUGAUGUAUGAAGGAAAUGUUAUGCUUCGUUCUUUCAGACCUUGGAUUGCCUCUGACACAGCUUUGCCUUCUAAAGCAAUAAUUAGGGAUUUAAAAACCAACUCUUAGCCCUGUAUCACUCAUGUUGCCCUUUAUUAGCAUGAAAUGCUGGAGUGAUGUGGUUUCCCAGUUUCUUUUGAAUAAUGGUAACUCUUGUCAUAUUAAAAAGACAAGCACAAAUGAAUCAUUGAACUGCAGAAAAAUGUUCUGUAGUUUCCUAGUUAAAGCAAAACUCUAAAUCUCCAGGCUUCAUAGUGAAGACACAGCUUAAAGCCACCCAUGUGGCUUAAGGACUGAUCAUGAUACACAUAGGACAGUAAAGCCAAAUUGCACCGGGGAUUCUUAACUAACCUGCCUUACCAAACAGUAAGUCAGGAGAACCCAGAUCUGCCUCACCUGAGGCCCCACUGGCAGCUCUCUGCAGAAUCUGCAUUUAAAGGAGCAGAUUUAGCCAUUGUCUCAUGGGAGCCCUGUCAUCUGAAGGAGCUGGAGACUUCCAGCAGAUAGCUGAGCUGAGUUAAUGUAGGGCCUUGGGGACCCAUAUCAAACCCCUUGGGGUCAAAGGAAGGCAAGGCCAUGUGGAGUUUGGUGUCUACUACUGUGUAUGAAUUUGAGCAGAAGCCCUCCUGUAGGAUGCACUUUGGCCACUCCUGGCGACCACCUGGCAAAUUCUCAGCGUGACCUUAAUCCAAGCCAGGAUCACUCCAUGACACCACUGGGCAGAUCCCUGCUGGCUCCCUCACAGGUCCGGGGGACCCCUUUGUUUCAGUUCUGUGCCCCCACUGAGCAGAACCUUGUAGAGAUUUGUCCCCCAGCCUCUGGGGACCCUUUCUCUGUAGUCAUUCCCAGGCCCGCUUCAUGGGCCGUCAAGCCUGGUGGGACGGGUGUGUGUUGUGGGGGCAUCUGGCCCUGUGCUUCUGCCUGGGGGCCUCCCUUACGACCACCCUGACUCCUCCCAACAAAAGUCGAGGGCAAAACAAAACAAAACAAAACACUGCCUUCUAAAGGUUGUAUACCAAGUAUGCUUAGAUAAAUAAGCCACUUUUCUAUUACUUAACUAAGAUGGAAGUAGUAACUGAUACUAUUUAUUGUUUGUGUGUGGUAGCUUGAAGCACGCCACUGUCCAUUUAUUUGUUAAGUGUAAAAUAUGUGUGUUUGUUUCAGCAGCACUUAAAAAAGCCAGUGUCUGGUUACACAUUUCAAUUUUAAUUAAUUGACAUAAAAAUGUUACCGCCAGUGCCAGCUGUACCCUAUUUAAUAAAAAAGGUACUAUAUUUGUACAUUAUUUUUUAAUGUUAAAAGGGCUUUUUUAAGUUUACAGUACACAUACUAAGUGACUUUAGGGAUGCUUUUGUGUUGAAAUGUUAUUAUAGUGGCUGCAGGCAGCAACCCAGAAACACUUUAAAAAGUUUUUUUUUCCUUGGGAAAAAUUCAAGCACUUCUUCCUUCCACCCUCACUCCAACCACUCCAAAGGGGGUAAGUCACAUUUCUUGGAUUGAAUUCUGCCCUUUUUCAGCCUGGGGGUUAAAUAUUCCCUCCCCCUCCUCUUUUUUUUUUUUUUUUUUUAAACCGAACCCUUAAUUUGCACUGGGUCAUGUAUAUGAUCUGUGAUUUCAAGACCAAAGCAAAGCCCGACUAUUCCUCCUACCACGGAACCGCGUACUAGCCAACACUCUGUAUUUCCUUCAGGUUCAAAGAGCACGGUUCUCUUUGUAGCACAGACAUUGCUGGAGUUUUCGGCGUGACCAGCUCAGUCGUUUUCUGUCUGUUUUAGUUGUCUCACAAAGUGUGACCAGUGUCAGGGUUCCAGAACAUACCACAGUGUUGGUUUUAGAUGAGUGAAAUGACUUCCAGCCUGGAACUGAGAGACUCGACCAAUGAACUAUGGUUUGCUCUUCAGACAGUCUCACCAACCCCCACCCUGCCCCCAGGGCCUUUUAAAAAUGAGCAGAGAAAUCCACACCGUUAGGGACCAUCCAUUGCAAACCCAGAGGGGAGGAGAUGUGUGUGCUCCUUAAGAGUUCCCUUCGUUCCCAGGAAAGGGACUGACUCAGAGUCUAGGUUAAUACAUGGAAACACAAAGCAUGAGUGAAGACAAUAACGACUUUUAUGACAUUCGAAAGAACAAUCAUAAAUAAAGAGGACUCUGGCAAACCUUGAAUUUGUUGUUCUUCAAAAGAGAAUGCAUUUAAAAAAUAUUUUCUGUGUGAGAAUUUUUUAGAUGUUUGUUUACUUCAUGUUUACAAAUAACUGUUUGCUUUUUAAUGCAGUACUUUGAAAUAUAUCAGCCAAAACCAUAAGUUACAGUAAUUUCUUAGGUAUUCUGAAUAAAAUUCCAUUUUUUUUUUUUGGAUAUGCUUUACCAUUCUUAGAUUUCUGUGGAACAAAAAAAUGUUUGUAGCAUUUUGUGUAAAUACAAGCUUUUCAUUUUUGUUUUUCCAAUUGCUGUUGCCCAAGAUCUGCUUUCCCUGCACAUAUUGUACAAAUUCUGCUUUGUGCCACAGGCCAUGAUUGUGGAUGAGUUUACUUUCAACUUCAAAGGGACUAUUUGUAUUGUAUGUUGCAACUGUAAAUGGAAUUAUUUGGCAUUUUUCUCAUGAUUGUAAUAUUAAUUUGAAGUUUGAAUUUAAUUUUCAAUAAAAUGGCUUUUUUGGUUUUGU